UCCAAUAGGACAUAGAUCUGCAUCAGAAGAGUUUCAAACGGGUCAGUUAUAUCAAUAACUAUCAACUGUACAUUUACUCUCUUGGAUUAUUUAAAAAGAUAAUUUCUUUUGGUUGCAUGAUUUAGAAUAACAAGAUUACUGUGGUUGCCUCAAAGUAAUUAUUGAUUCAAGAUAUAAGUACUUAUCUCCAACAUCAAAAAAAUUUAUAUCAAUACUUUAUUUUAAUAAUUCAAUGUUCCUUAUAAUGUAAUUAAAUAGCUCAUUCUCUAGGAGAUGCUCGAGUUUCAAUAAGAGGUGGACGUAGCUGUAAUCCAAUUGCACAUGAUUCUGCAAGAGAAGGGAUUCAAGCAGACCAAACUCAAAGCGGCACUCAAGUUUCAUCUGCCAAUAAUGAAUCCGCAGAACAAGGUUCAAAUGUGCGUGGAAUAACAUGCAGUAAAGGUGCCCGGAAAGCAAUGAGGAGUGCUAAAUCACGAUUGACGGUAAAGUUUGACUUUGACCUUAUGCAAGCAAUAUGUGACAACACAGAGGUUUUCAAUAAUGAAGUUGGAUAUAUCCUGCGUACGUAUUGCGACCUUAAGUACAAAGAAUGGAGGUUUGUACCUGAAAAAGAAAGAGCACCACUUCGUGACAAACUUCGAACAUUAUUUGAUGUUGAUUUGGCAGAUGCAAAUGUCAGAAAAGCUAUUGAUAAACAAAUGCAAAGAGCUUGGCAUAACUAUAGACGUACGUUACGUGAACAUUUUAAAACAGUUGGAGGUGCAGGUGAUCUGACGAAGGCAAAGGGUAAGCCUUAUGAGGGUGUUAGCGAAUCGGAUUGGGAAUAUCUAUGUAAUUGUUGGAGCGACCCUUCAUAUCUGCAAAAAUCUUUGAAGAAUGCUGAGUCAUGUAAGAAAAGAAAAUGGAUUUCUAGAAACGGAUCUAAAAGUACAGCACGCCAUCACAUUAGUCGUGGGGUUGAGUUAAAUGCUCAUGUUGGUCAUAUUGAGACGUGGCGUCUCCGUCAUUGGCAUCCAGAACGUGGUUGGGUAUCUGUAGAAGCUGAAUCUAAAUAUGUAAGUGUACUUCACAGACCGUGUGUGUUAACCACAACAUCUUUUAUUCAAAUUAAUUAGUUUUACAUUAUUGACAUAUAUACAUGCAUGUUCUGAUGUUCACAGUUUACCUGAUUAAUGAAUUGUUACUAUUCCAUUCAUAAUAUAACAGGAAGAAAUGAUGGAAUUGAGAAGAGAAAAAUCACCUGAAGAUUUAACUGAUAAACAAAUAUUAGAGAAGGUGCUUGGACGAGAAUCUGUUCGUCUAUUUGGUUGGGGACGGUCUCCCACUGGGUCCAAAAGAAGCAAAGGUGAUUCAAAUAUUCCAACUUAUACUCAAUUGAUGGAUCGUGUUGGAGAACUUUCAGGCACUGUUGAAAUGAUGAAAAAGUUGUUGAUUGAGAAGAAUAUUAUGCCUCCCAUGUCACAUGUUCCUUCAGAUCAUUGUUCAGUACCGCUUAAUCGUGGGUCAUCCUCUAUUGAUCGAGGCCAGCAUGUUGACGGUU